AUGGCGCACCGAGACGACAAUGAGCUGACAGGUAAACCUGCAUAUGAAAUGCUGACAACCCAUCCGGAUUGGGCACCAUCUCGCUUCUUGGGUCAUUCUGAGGUCAAGCGCACCACAUCGGAGUGUGACGAAAGAACAUCUUCAUCCUUGGACGCACGAUACCACCAGGUCAAACAGGAGUCGGAGAUGCCGGACAUCAAACAAGAGGCGGAAGAAGAAGAACCGGAAGACGAAAGCACCACAUUUCCAAUGACUGUCAUCGUAAAGAUGGAAGAAGAUGAAGGUCCAAGCGAAGAGGGCGAAACGGCGAAACCCUCAAGCCACAGCUCGUUUCAACACCUGACAACAAAAGAUGUCACUGUAGAAGACCUUCACCCUGAGAAGCAUCCCAGCCAUGUCAAAGAGGAUUUGGAGUCGGAGACUCUCAGCAUUAAAGAAGAAGAACAGGAAGAUGAAAUCACGAUGCCUCCAAUGACUGUCAUUGUCAAAAGUGAAGAAGAUGAAGGUCCAAGCGAAGAGAGCGACUCAGCGGAACCUUCGAGCCACAGCUCGUUUCAACACCUGACAACAAAAGGUGUGGGCCGUUUGCAACCGGACGGCCUCUUAACUCAGCCAUCGGACAGCGAUGACAUAACAUCACACUCUUCUGACUACAACACUGAUGAGGAUGGAAAUUUAAAAGCACACAAAAGAAUACAUACUGGAGAGAAGAGUUUCGCCUGCUCAAUUUGUGAUAGAAAAUUUUCUGAGAAGAUGUAUUUAACAACGCACAUGAGGACGCACACUGGAGAAAAGCCUUUCCCUUGCUCAGUUUGUGGUGAAAGCUUCCGUCAGAAGACAAGUUUAAACAGACACGCUAGAGCACACACUGGAGAGAAGCCUUUCGCCUGCUCACUUUGCGAUAAAAGAUUUUGUCGGAAGUAUCACUUGACAAGACACACACGUACACACACUGGAGAAAAGCCUUGUCCCUGCAGAUAUUGUGGACAAAUAUUCACGAACAAGGGAAGUUUAAACACACACAAAAGAAUACACACCGGAGAGAAGUGUUUUGCUUGCUCAAUUUGUGAUAAAAGAUUUGAUCUGAAGAUAUAUUUAACAACGCACAUGAGGACACACACUGGGGAAAAGCCUUACCCCUGCUCAGUUUGUGGUAAAAGCUUCAGUCAGAAGGCCGCUCUAAACAGUCACACAAGAACACACACUGGAGAUAAGCCUUUCACCUGCUCAGUUUGUGGUAAAAGCUUCAGUCAGAAGGCAGCUUUAAACAGUCACACAAGAACACAUUCUGGAGAGAAACCCUUUCCCUGCUCAGUUUGUGACGUCACUGAUGAAGAUCCUCACCCUGAGAAGCACGAUUCCCCCAGCGUUAUACAGGAGGAGGAGUAA